ACGCCUCUCACGGCCGCCGCGCCUCUCCGUAUAUAUACGGGGCGCGCUGGCCACGCCGGUACAGUUCAGCAGCCGCACCACCUCCACCACCACCACCACCACCAGCAGCAGCAUGAAGGUCCUGGUCGUCCUGAGCGCCGUCCUGGCCGUGGCCCUCGCUAAGCCUGGCUACCUGGGAGCAGCUCGCGCCAUCGCCGCCGCCCCCGCUAUCGCCGCCGCCCCCGCACUGGCCUACGGUGCUGCUCCUGCACUGGCCUACAGCACUGCCCCCGCCGUCGUCGCCGCCCCCAUCCACGGCGGAUACGCCGCCUACGGCCCUGCCAACAUCGUCGUCGGAGCCGACGGCAUCCCCCUGGACACCCCAGAGGUGGCCGCCUCCAAGGCAGCCCACCUGAACGCCGUGGCUGAGACGCGCGCUCGUGACGCCAUCGUGAACAGCGCCGCCACCAUUGCCUCCGCCCCCGCCAUCGCCGCCGCCGCCCCCGCUGUCAUCGACGCCAGGACCGUCGCCGCCCACGCCAUCGCCGCCCCCGCCUUGCGCUAUGCUGCUGCCGCCCCCGCCGUGACCUACUCCGCCGUCCACCCUGGGUACGCCGCGUACGGACCUGCCAACAUUGUCAUCGGCCCUAACGGCGUGCCUCUGGACACCCCUGAGGUGGCUGCUGGCAAGGUGGCCGACGCCGUCGCGCACCUGGAGGCUAAGGCCCGAAACGGCCUGAUCCUCUGAACUGUCACGAAUAUCUUGACAAACUGCAAAAGUGUCUGUCGAAGAUUUGGGCUACAACAUUUUGGACUACUUGCUGUGAUAUUUAAAUAAACUGCUGUGUACAAAGAUA